UAAAAACAAUAUUUCUUUUUCUUUUUAUCAAUGGCUACGCUUUCUUACUGCACUCUCCACCCUCUAUCUUCAUCUUCAACCUUGGUUCAUCUUUCUCCAUGUUCUUCUACAUCUUCUCCCACUCUUCCUCAAUCUUCUUUUUCAUCCAAGUUCUACUUCCAAUCCUCCAAAUGCAGACGGAAACCAACAAAAUCCAGAUUCUUGAUGAUCAUGGACCCCAUUUUGAUGUUUAAUGGCUUUGGUAGCAGUGCUUUCUAUAUUGAUACGCAAACACUUCUUGCUACUGUUAGUGUUUUGGCUGCCAUUGCUCUUUCUCUCUUCCUUGGCUUCAGGGGUGAUCCGGUGUCCUGUGAGCGAUGUGGUGGCAACGGUGGAACAAAAUGUGUUUUUUGCAACAACGGCAAGAUGAAAAAAGAGAUGGGGUUGGUUGACUGCAAAGUAUGCAAGGGUUCAGGAUUGGUACUCUGCAAGAAAUGUGCAGGUUCUGGCUAUUCCCGAAGGUUAUGAGCUUUGAAUUCAGCCUUAUAGCUUAAAUCUUCUUCCCCUGACAUCUGCAAGAUCUUGUAACUAUCUUAUUGUUCAUAGUUUUUAUCUUUUUAAGAAUAUUUUUAAUCAUAUAACUUUGUUUCCCUUUGA